GGAACUGCGACAGAUCAUGUGACAUUUACUGCAUAAAAACCAAGCAAGGAAAUACAGUGUGAGGAAGUUCAGUACAGAACCAGCGAUGUAUCCGGAUGGGAAAGGUCUGAUGUUGGGGAGCCUGCUGCUCGUCUUUCUGUGUGUGGGAGCCGUUGUCUCGCUCGACAGCAGGCUGGACAACCACUGGGAGCUGUGGAAGAAGACACACAGCAAGGAGUAUCAGAAUGAGGAGGAGAAUGUGCACCGCAGGACUUUGUGGGAGAAAAAUCUGAUGCUUAUUACUAAGCACAACCUGGAGGCUUCAAUGGGGUUUCACACCUAUGACCUGAGCAUGAAUUUCAUGGGAGACCUGAGUCCAGAGGAGAUCAUGCAGUUUUACACAACACUCACUCCUCCUACUGACCUCCAGAGGGCGCCAUCUCCCUUCGUUGGGGCCUCUGGCUCUGAUGUACCAGACACACUGGAUUGGAGAGAUAAGGGCUUAGUCACGAGAGUAAAGAUGCAGGGCGCCUGUGGCUCCUGCUGGGCCUUCAGCGCUGCAGGGGCCCUGGAGGGUCAGUUGGCCAAGAAAACAGGAAAGCUGGUGGACCUCAGUCCUCAGAAUCUUGUGGACUGUUCCACAAAGUAUGGCAACCAUGGCUGCAAUGGAGGGUUCAUGCAUAAGGCCUUCCAAUAUGUAAUUGACAACCAGGGUAUUGACUCUGAUCAGUCGUAUCCAUAUACAGGACGGGACCAACCAUGCCAGUACAACCCGGAAACCCGUGCAGCCAACUGCUCCCAAUACAACUUUCUGCCUGAGGGGGAUGAACAGGCUCUGAAGGAGGGAAUUGCAACUAUUGGGCCCAUUUCAGUUGCAAUUGAUGCCAGGCGACCCAGAUUUGCUUUCUACAGAAGUGGAGUUUACGAUGACUCAAGCUGCACCCAGAAUGUGAACCAUGCUGUCUUGGCUGUGGGCUACGGCACACUGGAUGGACAAGAUUAUUGGCUGGUAAAGAACAGCUGGGGAACUUCUUUUGGAGAUCAGGGCUACAUUCGGAUGGCACGCAACAAGAACGACCAGUGUGGGAUUGCUCUGUAUGGUUGCUACCCCACCAUGUGAUGAUAAAGGGAAUGUAAAAAAAAUGAGAAACAAUAUAAUUUGAGUGUUACCUCAAGUAAUCAAAUAUUAAGGUUUAAAAACAGCAUAUUUGAUGUUUUUCUUCCUUUGGUCUAAAGUUCAUUAUUUCAAAUUUUUCUACAUGUGGAAACAAAUACAUUAUAUCUCGGACUGCAUGCUUGUUUCUGUUCAAACUGUUUGUAUUUUUUGAUUCUAGAAUAAAAAGAUGUUUUAAAUUUC